CCGGAAGUGCAGUGGGGACACAGGCCCCAUCGAUUCAACACAACUGCAUACAUAAGCAUUUACUAAUAAUAAAGCUCGGUUUGUAUAUAAUUUUCAUGGAGUACCACCGCUAACACAUAUGGAGUGUCAAGAGGAAAAGCCGAUCAUCUAUACUAUGGAAAACAAGCCGAUUGUGACAUGUGCUGGAGACCAGGGCUUGUUUACGUCGCUCUAUACCUCAUUGGCCCAACAACUUCCGAGGGAGCCAAUGGAAUGGAGGAGGACGUAUGGCCGUGCACCAAAAAUGAUCCACCUUGAAGCUAACUUUGUCCAGUUUAAGGAGGAGCUGCUCCCAAAGGACGGCAACAAGGCUCUCCUCACCUUCCCCUUCCUCCACAUCUACUGGACCGACUGCUGUGACACAGAGGCGUAUAAGAGCACGGUGAAGGAGGACAUGAUGCGCUGGCAGAACAGCUUGCGGACUCAUGGCUCAGCAGACUGGGUCAUCAUCGUUGUGGAGACAAACGACACUAAGAAGAAGAACAAGACUAACAUCCUGCCUCGGUCAUCCAUCGUGGACAAGAUCCGCAGCGAUUUCUGCAACAAGCAGAAUGACAGGUGUGUGGUGCUGUCGGAUCCUCUGAAGGACUCGUCCCGGUCUCAGGAAUCCUGGAACUCCUUGCUGCUCAAGCUGCGAACCCUCCUCCUCAUGUCCUUCACAAAGAACCUGGGCCGCUUUGAAGACGACAUGCGGACGCUCCGAGAGAAACGCACUCAGCCUGGCUGGAGCUUCUGUGAAUACUUCAUGGUCCAGGAGGAGCUGGCCUUUGUUUUUGAGAUGCUGCAGCAGUUUGAAGAUGCUUUGGUCCAGUAUGAUGAACUAGAUGCUCUUUUUACCCAAUAUGUCCUCAACUUUGGAGCUGGAGAUACGGCGAACUGGCUGGGCUCGUUCUGCGCUCCCGUGAACAACUGGAGCGGCUUGCUGCUUCGGCGGCCCAUCGACAUGGAGAAGAGGGAUGGGAUCCAGCGGGGGGAGGCCAGUCUGCUGGAUCUGAGGAGCUACCUGUUCUCCCGACAGUGCACCUUGCUCAUCUUCCUCCUGAGGCCCUGGGAGGUCACUCAGAGAGCCCUGGAGCUGCUGCACAACUGUGUUCAGGAGCUACGCCUGCUGGAGGUGUCAGUGGUGGAGGGGGCUCUGGACUGCUGGGUGUUUCUCAGCUGCUUGGAGGUUCUGCACAGGAUCGAGGGCUGCUGUGAUCAGGCCCAGUUAGCUGCUAACUGCUCACACACUGUCGGGCUGUGGGCCUACGCCACUGACAAGCUGAAGUCCCUGGGGGAACUCUGUGGCCUGGUGUCAGAGAAGGGACCCACCUCUGAGGACCUGAACCGGACUGUGGAUCUGCUGGCCGGUCUGGGGGAUGAGAGGCCUGAGACUGUCAGCAGUUUACAGAGCCCUUACAAAAAGCUGAAGGAGGCCUUGUCUUCUGUGGAAGCCUUUGAAAGGCACUAUCUUGAGCUCUCUCAUGCUGCUAUGGAGAUGUACAGGGCCAUCAGCCGACUGAGGUCUGCCAGACUGGUGGGAAAAAGCCUGGCUGAGUUCUACAUGAAGAAGGGGGACCCUGAGAAGGCAGAGGCUUUCUUACAGGAAGCUCUGAAGUCCUACGUAUCGGAGGGGUGGAGCCUCCCUGUCACUCACACCAGGAAGCAGAUCGCUGAGUGUCAGAAGCUGCUGGGCAGGACUGAAGACUACUUACAAACCAGUGCCUUGUUGGCUGGUGAUGCGAAUCUGACCAUGGAGGAGAGGAAGCACUUUUGUCAAGAAAUUCUGACCUUUGCCGGCAAGUCUGAAGAUCAGUCUGACAAAGUCACUCUCAGCAUGGGUGUUUUUUCUCAACUCACGCGGCUGCAGUUCCAGCCAGCCACAGCCUCGGUGCACUCAGGAGCCGUCCUGCAGGUGGAGAUUAAUCUGCGAUGUUUGAUGCCCGUGUCGGUGCACAUACAGCAACUAGCGGCUAGCAUUCACUUUGACCUGGAGCGUGCAGGGACUAAUGGAAGGUCUAAGGGAGCUGCCAGACAAAUUAUGCCAGGGACAGUGGAGUUUAGCCACGACACCUCGUCAGCGGGACCCUCCUCCUCCUCAGGUGGGCCCCCUUUAGAGCUCGAGGAGAUUCAGGACAGGAGUCCAACGGACAAUUCUCUCAACUCUACAGGAGUGGUGUGUAAAAACACUCAUCUGGUCAUGCGGCUUCCGGAAAGCAUCUCACUGCCGGACACGCCCGACUUUGUCAGCCCUCCUGCCAUUACCCUGAAGGAAGGAGCACAGAUGCUGAAAGUGCAGGAUGUAACGUUAGAGCCCGGGAAUAACAGCAUCACAUUCACAGCACCAAGUGGACAACCGGGUACGUACACACUGCGCCAGCUGUUUGCCACCGUGGGUCAGGUGCAGUUUGUUCUGCCUCAUAUCUACCCAUCAGUCCAGUAUGAAGUCUAUUCUCAGGAGCCACAACUCACCGUGGAGCCUCUAUCAGAGCCGCUGUUGGCCGGUCUGUCUCAGAUGGUGAAGUUUACUCUGCUGACGGGUCACUACACUGUGAAGAAGGGUGACGCUCUGCAGCUCAGCAACACCGACACCAUGCCCAUCCUGCCCUCCACCAGCUGCUCCGCCCGCAUCAGCAACCCCACAGGUGAGUUGGUGGGGGAAAGCGCUCUGUCCAUCCAGUCGUCUGAGAAGGUGACCAGCAUCAGCCUGCCCGCCACCCCCCCGUACCACACUCUGGAGUUCCAGCUGGAGGUUCUGUGCAUCAUCCCGUCCGGGUCCGACCACCCCCCCAACGAGAGGCUGACCAACGGAGAGGUCCGCCACCGACCACGCAGCUACAGCCAUCCUGACACCCCCAUGACCGCCAUCGACCAGAGGAUGUCCAUUGACUGUCCUUGGUCGAUCUACUCCACGCUGCUGGCCCUCACCUUCUACAUCCCCUUCAAAACCAAACACUCUCUGCUUUCUGCUGGUAACAGGAAGUACAUCCAGGUGUGUGUGCAGAACAUGUCGGAUAAGAACUUCACGCUGGCAGAAGUGAAGCUGACGGAGAAGCUGACGGAGAAGCAGAAUGCAUCACUGGAGCUGGAGUCCCUCAACACUAAAACUCAACAGCUUUUGUGCAGUAAGCACAGUUUGUUCUGCUUGUGGGAGGUGAGGUGGCAGGACGACCUGCCCUCCUGUCUCCAGUGUGUCUUCUCUACAAACUUCUCUUCGCUCAAACAAGACGCCUCUGCCUUCAAACCCUUCCAAUACCAGUUCCAGCUCGAGAGAGUCACUACGUUGUACAGUGUGAGAGCAGAGAUCCUGCCUCCUGCUGGGGAGCAGAACUGUCGCUCCGGGUUCCUCUGUGGGCUGGAGGUGUGUAUAACACGCCUGACUGAACCUGCAGAGGGAGAGAUCACAGAGGACAGCAAGACCGACACUGAGGGCCUCAAAACCACAAAGCUCAUGUAUGAAGUGGCUGACAGCAGCAGUAACUGGGCGGUGUGUGGGAAGAGCUCAGGGAUGGUUUCCAUGCCGAUGACGGCGGACGCCACCCACAAGGUGCAGAUCGAGGUGAUGCCUCUGUUCGCAGGACAUCUGCCCUUCCCCAAGAUCAAAGUGCUGAAGUACCUGCCUCACACUGCAGCAGUGGCCAUUCAACCAGACCCUGACAGCUGCGUGGAGAACGACAGUCUGUCCCUGCUGGACAAGGCUCUGGACGACGGGGGGGACACGGCGAGCAUCCGCAGCCGGGGUAGCGUGCACUCUGUGGGCAGCGGCGAGCAGCAGCAGAGGGGCGUGGCCAUGCCGCGUCUGGAGCCCUUCAGCCCGGGACAAGUGUUCAACCACAUCCACACACAGCAGGUCCUGGUGCUGCCCGCCACCGACGACCACAUCAUGGAGGUCAACGCUACAUGACCCUGGCCAGAGCACGCCCCCUCCUUAUCAAACUGAACCCAGGCCCUGGACUCUGCCGAGCUUUUGCUCCGGGGCAGAUGGGGUCCGUGAGUCCGUGUCGACGCUGCGGGUCGCCGGCAUGGACUCACCUCUUAGCAUGACAUGUUCACAUCACUGGAGACAUUACGGACUACACGCAGUGAAGAGCCAAUGACAUCUGCUGAUAACAUUUAAAUAAAGAUUUUCUUUGCCAUACUUUGUACAUAGCUCAUUGGAUGGAUUUAUAGUUAUAAAUAUAUAGAUAUAUAUAUAUAUAUAUAUAUGGACUGAUCGAUCAGAUCAGCGCCUGUCCUGCUCCUUCAAAUGAAGAAAAACUGUCCAGAAUAUCCCAUGAUGCACCAAAGCCCUAGUUGUGUACGCCUCGAUCAGCUUCUCAAGUACUGUAACUUUGACUGAGUGUGUCCAGCUGUCAGUGCUGCUCCUGUGCCUCUCACAAAGUCAUCAUUCUUGACAUUUGAGACUUUUUUCCUGCUAUGAUUACAUUCAAGUUGCUGAAAUUAAAUAAAAGUCAAACAAGGGAAUUUAACAAUCUUAAAUGCAUCUUUGGAGACAUAUCCAUAAUCCUUGACUCUUCUGUCCUGCCAAAACAAAAAAAAAUCCCUCUUGAGUCUGUAGUAAUAUUACCUAUAAAUAGUAGCACUCUGGAAAUGUUUCUAAAAUGAGCAUUUGGAAAGUUGUAAUAUAAAAUAAAGUCCUUUUGUAUUUUCUUAUCAAAAGCGUGAAAACAGUUCUAAAUGGCUAAAAUGAAAUUCUGCCUCUAUUUAAAAUAAACCGCUGUUUAAGUCUAAACAGUCUAUUAAGAGAAUACAUUAUCUAAAGUUUCAUUACCUUGCUCAUUGUUCAAUGGAACUGUAUUUUAGGCUGCAUUUUCUUAAUGGCUAAACAUACAGAACAGGCAUUUACACAUUGCUUUUAACUAUUUCCUGUUUAGAUAACACAUAAUAACAUCUUAAACUAUACAGUACAGUUUUGGUAAAAAUUCAUAAUGAAAAAUUGUCUUUACUAUACUGUAUACUAAGUCUCUAUAUAUAUAUAUAUUUACAGCAAUGAGACUGGUUGAUGUACCUGCAGGACAGAAACGUUUUUGGUGGACUGAAAUGGAAACCUCAGCAAAAAAAUCUCAAAUGUCAAACCAUUGAUGAACAGAGAGUUUCAGGCUGAGUCUAGCGAUUGUGUAUCUGUUCAGCUGUAGUUGUGUGUGUGUGUGGUGUGAGCGUCUACAUGUAUGUGUCUGUCCGUGUGUGUGAUCAGGUGAGAUAAGCCAGUGCACAUCAUUGUCUAUCUAUUGUCUUACCUUAUCAAUGAAUUGUUGAAAUACAGUGUGUGUGUAUAUUUAUUCUGGGUGUGUGGGUGUGUGUGUGUGCGUCGCCAAAUCCAUAUCGAGCUAUGCACACAUACCGUUAGGUGUUGAGUAGAUCAAUGAAAUAAGUCAUUUUAUGGUUUAUUCAUUUAUUUCACAGGGUGAAUGUCUGCCCCCCCCCCUUCUUUUCCUCCCCAAGCACACACAGUGUAACUACAGCCUCCUGCUCUUCUUUGACCACUGUACAUACUGAUCUGUAAAUAAUGAUUCGAAUCAAAUCAUCUUUGAUUGCCAACUAUAUUAAAAAAAAUCAUUGGAACUGA